AUGCAAUCGAAAUCCUUCAGCAGCAAGGGCUACAACUUCCAUCGGCAUGCGAAACGAUGCGACGUGGUCGUCUACGUCGUGGACGCCGACUGGCGGCAGAUCGUCUGCGUCGUCUGGGAAGCCGGUGGCGAGCUGAGCGAUCUCACGCUAGCUGCACGCGAAGAGGCCGACGGCGCGGACACUGUUGCGUCGAGAGAAGAGCGUGCAAGAGCUGCGGCUGCCAACGCGGCCGUGGCUGGGCCUUCUCUGCAGCAGGAGAUUUCCUCGUUCACGGCUGCCGCUAAGCCAUACAUCAAGGCUGUCGAGGCCAGGCGCCUCAAGAUGGGACGUCCGGCCUUUCACACCCUCACGCUGGGUGUGGCGUCCAACGAUGCUGCCCACAUCCGCAACCGAUCUGGCGAUCUGGCGCCCUACUUCACGGCGGGAUAUCACCACAACCGCGCGGCCAGCGACCGCUUCCUCGCCUCGCCAGCGUUUGAGCAGCUGAGGCGGCAGGUGUGCCGCUGGACCUUUGCCUGCUUUCCAAAGGCCGCCGAAGCGCUGGCAUUGAUCGGACUGGGCAAGCACGUCGUCGCGCGAGACCAGUCGGCUCUGACUGCCAGCGACGACCGCAGCGAUGCUGGCAGCGACUCGAGCGACCUGACUGAGCUGAGCGACCUGAGCGACGUUGGCGAUUCGAGCGAGCCGAUUCGACCUGGCGUCGCUCAGGCUGACUCUGCCAAGCCUCUAUCGACCUUUGACCCUUUCGCUCGCUGCAAAGAUCGUGGGCCCUUCUUUGGCUAUCCGUAUACAAGGCUGACGAUCAACCUACCGUCGAGGCACACCAAUCUGGCGCGCCACAAGGACUCCCGCGACUACAAGAAUGGCGUCUCAUGUGUCGCGCCGUUUGGAGCUGACCUAGAUCUCGUUGUGGGACCCAACGUGCGGAUCAAGGCAAGGCAAGGCGAUCUGAUCCUCUUUGCAGCGAGGCACCUCGUCCACGGCAACACGGGCGAGCUCACUGAAGAGCGCGGCUCGUUGGUCUUCCACUCGCACCACUCUGUCGCCAGGCACAGCAAGGCGCCGGUCGACGACGAUCGAGAUGCCGUUUUCCCAUACCUCGAAGAGGCUCUGCGGACUGCCAUCACACAGUCUGACGAAGUCGGACCUUGUACCGGGCCCAGCUCGUCUAGGCAGGGCCCGUCGCGCACCAAGCACGGGCAGCCCGCCAAGGGUAGCUCGACCUCGGUAUCCCUGAGCAAGAAGGCGGAGCGGCAGCUCUCUCGCAAGAAGCGGAAGAGAGAUGAAAAGUGGGCGAAGAAGCAGGCACCGAAGCUAGACGAGGCUGCGCAAGCAGAUCCUUGA